AUGUGUCGUUUCAUGUCACUACAUGCGGUUUUGAGACAGAAAGAAAUAGACCACUUUGGUCAUUGCUUCAAGAUGAUAGCGUCUCGACCUCGAACUUCUUCGCCGCUGCAGCGAGUAGCGACGCCAUUUGGCUAUGGAUCUUUACAUGAUGUUGAGUCAACAAGUGCAUCACCUGAAGAUUCAAGACAGGGUUUUGCGCACGUCGAAUUCCCAUGGGGAUACGCGUACGUCCACUCUGACCUCGUUGCAGCUGUGCCUCUCUUCACAUUUUAUGCGCUAUCAAAGACAAAGCGCAUCAAAUUCUCACUUCCGUUUCCUCUAACAAGCUCGGGUCAGGAGAUGGUGGAUGCUGUGCGUAGCCAGUUGAAAUUGGGACCUCAAAUUGCUGUGUCACUCGUGCAGACGGACAGCGUGAGCAAACACGAAAUACAACCACAUCUUAUGCUUGGUGAGAGUACAAUCGGUGCAGGACCUGAGCAUCCAGUUCUGGUAUUACAGACGCCUAUUGUUCAGUUUGACGUGAAAAAGUGCUCGACUUCUAUUCUACUUCAGGAUGACUAUACACUUGCAGUGCAAAUUGCUAAAGGCUGUGGUUCUGUGCUGGGCACAUGUGAAUUGGCAUGUGGCAUCAAAUAUUGGGAAUUGAAGUUACAAAGUGCCCGAGGUGGUGAUGGAGUGUUUGUUGGUGUUGCAGCGGUGGGAUUGGCGCUAAAUAGUAGCAUUUUUAGCCGAGGCGUAUGCUGGGGAUUCUCGUGUGCCACUGGACACAAGUUUUACAAUACAAUUGAAGACUAUGCAGAUCCGUGUAAGGAUGGAGAUACUGUUGGUGUACUUUUGGAUAUGGAAUACGGUCGACUGAGUUUCUAUGUGAAUGGUCGGAAUCUUGGCGUCGCAUUUUCCGGCCUUCACGUGAAAAAGUUAUGCCCUGUAUUCUCACUAACGUGUGCAGGACAAAACAUUAAACUACUACCGACAGCAUCGCCUCCGAUGCCAUAG